CAAUUUAUGACUUAUCAUAAAUCAAAUAAAAAAGCUAAGACGGAGUUGCGACAUUCGGUAAAACUUCAAUAAUAUUUAUCAGGAAACAAAGCUAACAGCUGUUGUCAGCACCAAUGUAUUUUCUUCAAGCAUUUGAAAUUUACUUAUAUCAUUUUACAUCUCAAACGUAACCAUCUUCAAGUUCAUAAGAUGACUAUGAAACGACUAUUUACAUUUUGCUUGUUGUCUUUGACAACAAUAACAACUUUAAUAGGAGCUUUCAGUGAAGAUUGUGAUGGAUGUUCAGUUGAGGGCCAAUGCCACAGUUACGGAGAGAUAUGGUUAGAAAAGACAGACAUAAUGUGUGCCUUAAAAUUAUGCCGUUGGAAGAGUGAAACUAAAUGGAGAGUAUAUACAAAAACUGUGUAUUGUCGGGACAAUUAUGGCAAUUGUGUUACCCACGGUAAAACUUGGGCGAGCUUGGAAAAUACAGAAUGCUGGACUCGCACGUGCUCGAUUACCGGAAGUAAUAGCGUUCGAGUCAUAUCAAAAUCAGGGGGACAGUGUUUUGACAGGUGA